GCUUUUCUCGUACACGGGAAGACGGACGAGUAGUGACUUCAAGGAGGAAGAUGGUGCUGGUGAAACUUCUUAUUUUGGGAGCUCAUAACACCGGAAAAACAGGCCCUGCGCUCCCCGGUGACCGUGUCUGUUUUGUGUCUGCAGCACUGUGUGUUCGUUUCAUAACCAAACGYUUUAUAGGAGAAUAUGACCAUAAAAAGGAAGUGACAUACAGAUGUAAUCGGCUGGUGGACCAGGAGGUCUUGGAAAUGGAGAUCAUGGACUUACCAUUCAAGGAARGCUCUGUGGCUUCUCUGGAGUCGUCCAUACGCUGGGCUGAUGGUUUCCUGCUGAUCUACUCCAUCACUCAGCGUUGCAGCUUCCUGGAGAUCCCUCGACUCAAAGCUGUCAUCGACAAAACUAAAUGUAGUCUUGUUGUUCCUACAGUACUGGUAGCCAAUAAAGCAGAUCUAGAAAUUGGGAGAGAAGUGACGACAGAGGAAGGGCAAAAACUUGCCAAAGAUUUAAGAUGCAGUUUUAGAGAGCUGUCUGUGGCUGAAGCGGUUUCAGCAGUGGAAACGGCUGUUUUGCAGCUCAUUAGGUUGGUGUCUGAUCAGCUGCGCCCUCUGCCCGACCGCCGCUCCUACAUGCUGACUGUUCGCCACGCCCUGACCAGGAAGCUGACCCGGUCCAAGACCAUGCAGUGGUGACUGCCAACAAACAACCAAUUCAGCUGUUUCCACAAUAGCAUUUGCCAGUUUUCAUUGUAUUUUAAUUAGGACAAACACAGUUUGAAAGUCAUAUUUUUGAUAUAAUUAGAGAAACCAAA